AUGCCAUCACUAAGGCGGCAGUUUGGAUUUGGUGGCUAUCCAAUUGGAUUCGGCGCAAUUUAUCGCGGGCCUCCUCCAAUGCGACCGUCACCACUCCCGCCACAAUCGCAGAUUUUAACAAAAGAUGUCGGCUACUCGCCCGGAGUUUGUCCAACUCAUGUCAAUUUGAUCACCCUUGUCUGCAAUGCUGAAUUGCUUUUUCAACGGAUUGUCAAAUACGGAAUUCUCAACAAGAAUCCCAACUCCGUCAUUCGACGGAAUAUCGGCGAGAGAUUCCAUCUACAUGAUAAA